AUGGACCCCGGUGGCGGCCGAGAGAGAAGAGACAGCACAUCGUCCACAGACUCUUGGAGCAUCGUCAAUCGAUCGUCCUCGGCCGCCUCAAGCCAUCUUUCUUCUUCUAUCUCCUACUGCUCGUCACCACGGGUUGAAGAAUUGGAAGAUGACGUGCAGGCCAGUGACUGUGAUUCGGAAUUGACGACUGAAGACAGUGACUUGGAGAUUGAAGAUGAAAUGAUGCAAGAGGACAUCAUGGACGAGACCGAGGGAGAGUACAGCGAUGAGGAACAGGAAGAUGAGGAUGAGGAGGAGGAUGCCGAUUAUGACAAAAUGUCGGCUGAGGAAGCUGAAGCGGAAGGAGAGGAACAAUCCCUUCACUACGUGCCCCCGGAAUACUCGGCCACUCUGCUUGACAAUCUGGGACAAUCUCCAUACGGUCGUGUGCUCGGUGAACAUCUACCGAGUGCAUUGGCUGGUCUUUUGACCAUCGCAUCUAUUGGCAUCUCUUUGAGCGUCUUCACCAAUCAGGAGCCCGUUUCACGCCGGAUUGUAAUGGAUGAGUGUAGCCUGCAGAGCUACGCCGCCAUGGGACCGCGCGUCUACAGGCCCUUGCAAUUGCAGGCCGACUGGCUUCGGCAAUUCAAACUUCAGCCUGCUAAGAAUGAGUCGAGACUGCCUGUUGUGGUUUGUCUAUUGAGAAGAUUCGACAACAAUCGCCUAGGAACCAAAAGCACCAAAAGAUCUAUUCGGGGCUGCCGUGAAGGGCGAAUUCGAGCGAUUGACGCUGCAAUGGAAAACGCCGGAAACAGCCAAAAAGAGCGAAGUCUCGACAACACACUUGAACAUCUCGGGGGACUAUUGCUUCCGAAACGGGCCUCGCCGACGAUCUCUACUCGUUGUUCCACGACCGGAAGUCUGCAUCCCAAUCCAACUCCCCAGGCGCCCGAAUUCACAGCGGAAGCCAAGCCCACCUUAUCUCAUAUACCAUUCCGCCCGACUACUCCACGUGCCAGAACACCCACUGUCGUGCGACCGGUUCCGCCGACUCCUGCCCGGCCUGCACCACCAGUGAGCUGGCGACGACGACAUAAUAAGCAUAAGAAGACCGUCCCCCUGCAAGUGUGCCCAAAAAUCGUUAAUCCGGCACCGAAGCCUAAACAACGCCGUGUUCUACCGCCCCGUCCCAUCAAAAAACUGCACAAGAGAACCCAGCUCCUCAAGGUCGCGCCGCUGCAAAACCAAUGCCCCCGGGCCACCAACGUGUCUAUGAAGCCAACGAAGUCGAAAUACCUAGCGCCGCCCCCACGGCAUAUUGUAAAGCACCACAAGCAGAGGAAACCUUUCUCCCCUGUGCAGCCCUCUUACCAGCCAUGUAAGCCAUUGCCCCAACCCCAGCCAACAUGGCAACCGCGUCGCAAAUUUGGCGAUGUUCUGCUGCGCGGUUCAGAAGGUCAAGUCCGUCUGACGCCAUCUAUGCCCAAGAAGAAACUACGCCGCUCAAAAGUCAUGGAACGCGGGCUGAUCAGACGCCAA